UAAUGAAAAUUUUAUUAGGACUCAUUAUUACAUCAUUAGUGUUAGUUAAGGGCACAGAUUAAACUAGUAACAAGAUUUAUUAAGUUUAGGCUUUUUCGCUGAGUUGUUGGGAGAAGAUCUUCCAUAUUACACAGAAACUGAUUAUGUAAAAUUUAAAGAUGUUGGAUCUAUAUAUUAUCAUUUGAUAUUGAAAGAAGGAACACCAAAUCUUGAAGCAAUAUAGAAAGGAGAUGUUUUAGCUAUAUGGUUGAAUGGAGGUCCAGGCUCAUCCAGUUAACUUGGUAACUAUAUGGAAAUUGGUCCAUGGGUCAUAAAAAAAAAUCCAGACACAGAAGCAAAAGAGAAACCCUACAUUGUCACUAAGAGAGUAAGAAAUAAUUAUUAUAUGACAGGAAUAUUCUUGGAAUAAGGUGAUGCAUUUACUUUUUAUUGAUCAACCAUUUGGUGCUGGUAUGAGUAAAGCUGAUAAAGAAAAUGUUGUCACAAAUAGUGAUUAGGCUGCUAACUAUUUUGUGGAAACAAUUAAAUAGAUCUAUACAAGAUUAAAUGGUUUAGAUUAAGUUACUACUUAUAUUUUUGGGGAGAGCUAUGCAGGACAUUAUAUACCAGCAUUUGCUACAAGAUUAUUGAAAGAUGAAGAAACCUUAAAAAAAGUCAAUUUCAAAGGAAUUGCAAUAAUAGAUGGUAUCACUGAUACUCAAAAUCAAUUAAAUUAUUAUCAUAGUUAUUUAUAUAGUAUUGGAGCUAUUUCUGAAUUCGAUUUGGAAAGAUUAUAGAAGAUAGGUGUAAAAGGAUAAUAAUAUAUUAUGAAUGGAGAGUAUGCAAAAGGAGCAGAAUAAUUAGAUCUUAUGACAGAAGAUAAAUUUAUAGAACAGAUUGGAAAUAUUAAUGUUUACAAUAUUCGAAAAUACAAAGGAUUAGAUGAGUAUGAUUAUUCUUGGGUUGAAUUUUUAAAUACUUAUAUCAAAGAAUUCUCUUCAGAAAUAACCCAAUUUCAGAAAUCUAAUUCUAAGAUUUAUAAUGCCUUUCAAUAAGAUAUUGGUGAAAGUAGAUUAAAGGAUAUUGAAUUGUUAUUAUAGAAAAAGUAUAAGGUUUUGUUGUUGAAUGGAUAACUAGAUUAUAUAAUUAAUACACCAGGAGCAUGGAAUUGGAUUUACUAGAUAGAUUGGACAUAUAAAUAUUAAUGGAAAAAUGCACAAAAAAAAUUAAUUACUUUUCCAAUUUAAGGAUAAGAAAACAAGGUGGAAACUCAUGGAUACAUUAAAGCAUAUGAAAACUUAUAAUAUGCAACAAUCUAUAAGGCAGGUCAUAUGAUACCAACUGAUAACCCAAAGGCAGCAUAUUAUGUUAUUGAGAAUUUUAUAAAGUGAUA